UGUUUCAUAUUAAUUACUGUUAAAUUCUCGAACACUUAGGUGGAUUCAAUUCCACAGAAGUGCCUUAAAAUCUCUUUUUUUUAACAAAAUUCUUAAAAAACUCUGUAUUUUCACCACUUUUGAGCUCAUAUAUUUGGAGAACAUAAAUUAUAUAGAAUAGCACGAUCAUGUUUCGUAUGACCGUUGUUGGUAUGAAGCUAAGAAGGGAGCUCUUUAACAAGCGAUCUACUUUAUACUUUUGCAAGGAUAAGGAUAAGCCUGCAGAUAAAGAUAAGCCCAAUAAGAAAUCCCAAACGGACGAGUGCGGAAGAAGUACAGCUCCAACUGGUCCAAAGUGCAAAACCAAGCCGGGUGAUAAAGAUAAAGGAAAAGAUGGCUGCAAAAAACAAUAAUGCUGACCCUUUAAAAGUUUCCACAAAAUUUCCAACUACAUUUACUGAAAUAAACUUAUUUUAAAUAACUU